UGAACGGAGGAGGUGGAGCCUUACGAACAUCGGCUUAACUCACUGGAAACAACCUCCGGUAACCUUCCUCCACACACAGACACGAUCUUUACGGCAGAUAUCGCCGCCACCACAUUCCUCCGCUCAGGAAAGAACCCCACACACGUUUUGGAUCCUUUUUUUGGAUUUUAAUGCCUGAGUUAAUUAUUCAUUUAGCACUACUCUCGGGUAGUUUGCAUAUAUUUUCCUUUGGCGACGAGUGGCUGCGGUGCGGGGCUGAACAUAUCCGCAAGCUGUGUUUAGGUGCUCUCUCCCAGCCCCUCUCUGGAUGCAUCAGACUCCUCUGCCCCGGGGACCUGGACCCGGUGUGUGACCCCGCCACCCUCACCCCAUUCCCCCUCUCUUUCCUUUCCCUCUACCCUAGACUCCCUUCCACCUGUUCACCCCGGUGCUCCUGUUCUGGGCCCCCUGCCUCUCAACCAACGGGCAGAGGCAGGGGGCCAUGGCGCCAUGGUAGCCUUCAACGGUCACAACCUCCUCGCCAUGAGCAGCGUGAACCCUCCGGAGGGCAGGGUUCAGGGGUCGAACUUCACCCCGCAUCACUACAAGCCCUUCAGCUCGCAUGCACACUACCAGCAGGUGAUGCGUGCACUGCGCAAGCUACAGGAGAGUGGGUUUUACUGGGGGGCUGUGGGGGGCCGGGAGGCCAGCUCCCUGCUGCGCUCUGAACCGCCAGGCACCUUCCUAAUCCGCGAUUCCUCAGACCACCACCACUUCUUCACCCUCUCUGUCCAGACGGCUCGAGGAACCAAAAACCUGCGCAUCCACAGCGAGGGAGGCGGCUUCUUCUUACAGCCAGACCCCCAAAACACCCAAGAGCCCCCACAGUUUGAUUGCGUGCUGAAACUCAUAACGCACUACAUGGGGAAAGGGCCAGAUGCUGGAAGGAGCAAAGAAGGGGCAUGUGGGGGCAAUUCAAGAGAGGCAGAAAAGAAGGGGUGCAGCGUAUAUCUGAUCCACACCGGCGGAGAGAGGGUUCCCUUGGAACUGCACCGGCCCCUCUCAAGUUCUCUCUCAUCCCUGCAGCACAUGUGCAGGAGGACCCUGAACAAUCUGGGGGAGUCAGAGCAAACCGAGCAGCUCCCACACACACUUAGAGACUUCCUGGAGGAGUACGACGCUCCAAUAUGACUGACAGGAACUGCAGAGGUUCCACUACACAGACCAGGGGCCUGGUGGACUGCAGACCAGCUCUCAGCGCAUACGUGAAUAUGUGCCCUAUCAGAUACUGACCAGAGUUAGCCUUAGAUGCCAAUGUGAGGUCAGUUUUAAAAAAAAUUGUGACCCAGAUCUGCUUCAACACUGACGGACACCAUCUACCUAGAGUCUCCCACUGACCUGGGGUCUGGGAUGAGGAGUGUGAUUUAGGUAACCAACGAUUACCUCGUCCGUCCUGCCUUGUAAAAACUGACCACUAAUGUGAGUGGCAAAUAAAGCCAGAGGUCAAAGGUCAAUGUUUCCUAUGACUGACUCAGACGCAGAGCAGAGCCUCGUAGAAGAUUAACCCGAUUGGUCGAUAUUAACGACGACAGUGACGACAUGAUCAAUACGCCACCAGUGAUCCAUGUGGUUUUAAUGUGCUCAAGAAGAAACCUCUCCCUCUGUCACCCUGACAUUUACAACUCUUUGGAUCACCGGACAGAAAGAAAGACAACAAAGAACAGAGGGGGUGAAUGAAGGAGGAGUUACAGAGAAAAGGCAAAGUCCAAACAGAGAACAUACAGUAUUUGUUUGUCUGAGUGUGUGUGUUUGUGUGUUGUGGUGGCACACACAUUUCCAUUGCUGCUUCCCGCAAAUGUUGCCUCAUAGAGAGGCGAGGGAGAAGGGCGGUAAUGCACGCUAGCUCCACACACAUAUACACAUACACAUACACACACACACACACACAGGUACAGGCACAGGCCAGCAUGUAGGUUUUUGUUAGCGUGGGAACAAGAGAGGGGGAAAAAAAAGCUUUGCAAAGCAUCUUCUCCUUCUCCGUUUGUUUCAUGGUUCUCCUCCAUUACCUUCUCCUGCAACCCUUUGAGUUGCAUGUGCGCUUUGACAGUAACAGAAAACAGACUGCUGUUGCUGAGACAAAAGCUUGUUACUGAGACAAAAGCCUUGGCACAACACCAAACAAAACAUCCAAACUUAUUUUUAUCCAGACUGGCUGGAAAAAUGUCAGCGACACUGUAAAAGCUCCUUAGGGAAUGACGACAAUAAUGAUCCAAGAAAUUGGGGGGGGGGGGGGGGGGGGGGAGAAGGAAGAUAGAAGAGCGGGAAAUGGGAUUAGGAAAGGGAAAUUGAAGAGGACAGAGAACUGGGGAGGGGGCUAGGGUAGGGGAGAAGGGGGAGGAGACAUACUGGUAUACAGCUAAACAAAAACAUUGAUGUGAUUGAUGUCCCAGGCUUAGAGGAAAUGAUCAACAGGCUCAACAGGAAACUCCUCCUGUAAAUGUAAAGCCAGGUUCGCUAAGAAAAUGUGAAUAAGAAAGUUUUGGCUGAGUCUUAAUUCUGUCUUUUAGACCCUCUAACAGUGAUUGUCUUUAACAUUAUCAUCUCAAGCGUAUUUCUUUUUGUGUGUUUGAGCGUCUGCGCCCUCCCUCCUGAUUUCCUUACAUCGUCGUUCAUGAAAGAGGAAAACGAACUGGACGGUUUUAAUCCCUGUAACUGAAAGGUUUCUCGCCCCCAUCUUACCUUCCAUUGUUACCUCUGAAGCAGGAGCGGACAGUUGGGUUUGUCUGUCUGAAUUUUAAGGGAACACUUCCUUAAAGCGAUUCUUAAAAAAAAAAAAAAAAAGAAAGAAAAAAAAAAAAAAGCCUUUUGUAAAACAAGAUUUGAUCAGAAUUGUUUUUGUCUGUGUUUGACUAGUGCUCAUACUUACCUGUGAUCCAUAUUGGAGUGGUAGCCUUUUCACAUCAUACAAUAUUGUGAUCUCAUGUGGCCACUUGAGACAAGAGCGCUAAAAUAGUAGUAGUAGGUUUUUUUGGGUCAAAUAUCAGUCUUAUUUUCUAACAUCAAUUUUAGUGUGUGUUGCACCAUUUGGACCACACAUGUAUGUGAUCAUUUUGUCUUUUAUAAAGACUCUCGCAAAAGGCUGGCCACUAGUCUGGCAUAAUACAAGCUGUAAUAUCUAAAAUGACAAGCAUUACAACAAAAUAAAUGAAAAGGAAACAUUGCACAUAUUUAUAUUUCUAAAAUAUUUCAAUAAUUUAUAUUAAAGAGCACUAUUUUUACAAAAGU